AUGGUCGACAUGGGGGGCCUGGACAACCUGAUCGCCAACACGGCCUACCUGCAAGCCCGGAAGUCCUCAGACGGAGACAGCAGGGAGCUGCAGCGGCGGCGCCGAAGUCUGGCGCUGCCCGGGCCGCAGAGCUGCACCCAGCUCCGCCAGUCCCUGCCUCAGGACUUCAACAGCCUGUGCGAGCAGCAACCCAUUGGCCGUCGCCUCUUUCGGGACUUUCUAGCCACUGUGCCCCGGUACCAAGAGGCUGUGGCCUUCCUGGAGGAGGUGCAGAGCUGGGAGCUGGCUGAAGAGGGCCCUGUCAAGGGCAGCAUGCUACAGGGGCUGCUGGCCACUUGUGGGGCUGCCCCUGCUCCAGGGCACCCACACCCCUUCUUCAGUCCAGCACUGGCUACCAAAUGCCAAGCAGCCUCCACUGAGGAAGAACAGAUAGCCCUGGUAGCACAGGCCAAGGCUGAGGUCAUGGCCUUCUUGCAGGACCAGCCCUUCCAGGAUUUCCUGGCCAGCCCCUUCUAUGACAAGUUUCUGCAGUGGAAGGUCUUUGAGAUGCAGCCGGUGUCAGAAAAGUAUUUUGAGGAGUUCCGAGUCCUGGGGAAAGGUGGAUUUGGGGAGGUAUGUGCUGUCCAGGUGAAAAACACUGGUAAGAUGUAUGCUUGCAAGAAACUGGACAAGAAGAGGCUAAAGAAGAAAAGUGGUGAGAAAAUGGCUCUUUUAGAAAAGGAAAUCUUGGAAAAAGUCAGCAGUCCUUUCAUCGUCUCUCUAGCCUAUGCCUUUGAGAGCAAGUCCCAUCUCUGCCUGGUCAUGAGCCUGAUGAAUGGAGGGGACCUCAAGUUCCACAUCUACAAUGUUGGCACACGGGGCCUGGCCAUGAGCAGGGUGGUCUUCUACUCGGCCCAGAUGACCUGUGGAAUCCUGCACCUCCACUCCCUCGGCAUUGUCUACCGGGACAUGAAGCCAGAGAAUGUGCUUCUGGACGACCUUGGCAACUGCAGGCUGUCUGACCUGGGGCUGGCUGUGCAGAUCCAGGAUGGCAAGCCUGUCACACAGAGGGCUGGAACCAAUGGUUAUAUGGCUCCUGAAAUCCUAAUGGAAAAAGUGAGUUAUUCCUAUCCUGUGGACUGGUUUGCAAUGGGAUGCAGUAUAUAUGAAAUGGUUGCUGGACGAACACCAUUCAAAGAUUACAAGGAAAAAGUCAGUAAAGAGGAUUUAAAGCAAAGAACCCUGAAAGAAGAGGUCAGAUUCCAACACGAUAACUUCACAGAGGAAGCAAAAGAUAUUUGCAGACUCUUCUUGGCUAAGAAACCAGAGCAACGUUUAGGAAGCAGAGAAAUGUCUGAUGAUCCCAGGCAACACCCUUUCUUCAAAACCAUCAAUUUUGCUCGCCUGGAAGCUGGCCUAGUUGAGCCCCCAUUUGUGCCAGACCCUUCAGUGGUUUAUGCCAAAGACAUCGAUGAAAUAGAAGAUUUCUCUGAGGUUCGGGGAAUCGAAUUUGAUGAUAAAGAUAAGAAGUUCUUCCAAAGAUUUGCAACAGGUGCUGUCCCUAUAGCAUGGCAGGAAGAGAUUAUAGAAACGGGACUAUUUGAAGAAUUGAAUGACCCCAACAGGCCUACAGAUUGUGGGGAUGGUAAUUCAUCCAAGUCUGGUGUGUGUUUGUUAUUGUAAGUUGUUCUCUCCACCAGAUGGGCAGCAGGAAUCUCAGCUGACAUAAUCCCCCCAAAUGUUCCUAACACAUGAAAAUCUGUUGAUGAGGACUGAUCAGUCAGGAGGGGCAUUUCAACCACAGAACAGUUCAAAGGACAGGUGAGCUCACUGC